UCUGCCGCUGCGACCUCUGUGGAGGCGGUGAAGGAUAGAGAGCGCGCGGUCGGCGAGGGCCCGACAAACAGCUCAUUACAUAUGAUAUUAAAGCGCAGGCGGGCUCUGGGCAGACUCGGGUCCUGAGAGGCGGCAGAAGAUGGCGGCGCCCAGUGAGGAGCUGAAUUGCGAGGAUUUCUCGGAGUUUCAGGAGGUACUGAAGAUGAUGCGACAGAUUGAUGACAGGAUAGUCCAUGAACUGAAUACCACUAUUCCCACAGCAUCGUUUGCUGGAAAGAUCGAUGCCACACAAACAUGCAAGCAGCUUUACGAGGCUUUAAAGCAAGCUCACAACACUAGGGAAAAAGCCAUAAAAUCCUGCAUAAAUCAGUCUUCUGCUGUGGUGACUAAGCUACGAGAAGAGAGAAAUAAAAAUAUGGACAAUGUAACACUUCUAAAGUGUCUUCGAAAAGAACAAACACAUCUGAAAUUGAUGCAGUCUGAAUUGAAUGUUGAAGAGGUUGUCAAUGACAGAAGUUGGAAGAUCUUCAAUGAACGUUGUCGGAUUCACUACAAGCCUUCAAAGAGCCUGUGACCCUGAGACAUUGUGACCAUAGGGCAGUCUUUGUCUGCCUGUGGCUUGAGACGAAUAAAUUGGAAAGUGUUGCUCAGAGUUUAAUGCAGUGGACCAUCAUAGGGACCGGAUCGAUCAUAGGGUUAAGCAAAAGGUUUUUCAUUUGACAGGUCCCUUGUAUUGGAUUUUUCUCCGAACGAGGGCGAAGGCAAUCUAACACGGCCUAAAUAAAUGUGAGUGAAAAUGGUGCUGUUCAACAUGGUGCAAGUCUGCUGUGAUCUGCUCAAAGACAAUAUAUUUUGAAGUUUAGACUGCGCAAUCCUUGCACAGAAGUGACUUUGUGCAGUGUGUAAACUUUUUCAAAAUCACACAUAAAAUAGAUCGCAUCUGUUGCUGCUAUGUUUACAGUAGAAAUUCUUGAUUGAAAUUGCAAAGAACCAUGUUGCUUAACAAGUGUGAAUAUGUGACCUGUGUCAUUCAAAUUUGUUUCCUUUUCUCACAGUGAUCACCAGAAAAUCAUUUUUUACAUAAAUCUUCCAGUGUCCAUUGGGUCAAAAUUAAAUAGCACAGAGGAAAACAAAUCAAACUUCUUGUUUGAAUUCUGUCUUUGAUUGUAUUUUUUAAAACUUGUCAUAUUGAAAAUGACCGGGAUUGACCCACACCGAUAAUUGCAAUGAAGUUGCUGCAUCACUUUCCAGGUGGGUUGUCAAGGCAAGCCAAAAAAAAGGAAAAAAUUGACUCAUCUGCAUCAUUCCUGCUGCUCCGAUUUGUGCUGAUUGUAGUAUGCCAUUGAUCUAAUCUGCUGCCUAGCUGUGCACUAUUGAAAAUCAAUCUGCAUUAACCCAGUCAGUAGAUAUAAUGAGAAUUUUAAGACAUUCCCAACCAAGACGAUCAAGUUUGCCUCUGGGAUUUGUACCUAUAGCUUUCUAACUGGAGGAAAGUGCUUAAUCAUCUGAGCUACACAAAGUUCAUCAACAACUAACCAACCUGUCAAAUUAAAAUCUUUUGCAAAUCUCUUUAUCAGUUUGUUUAGGAAGCUGGUACCUUUCUGUCAGCCUGCCCAGUGUGCUUUUUAGAAUUUAUCUGUAUGCACAGAGGUACAUUGUUCACUGAUCACUUCAAGUGAGAAUCUUUUCUUUGCGUCUGAGUUGCCAUAAGAAAAAUGUAACCAAAAGAUUGUUGCUUUUAGUAGUGAACGCAUGAGUGUUAUGUACUCGAUUGUGUGUGUGUGUGUGUACCAUCUCCAAAAGCCUGUGUUCUACAAACGUUCUUCCUAGUUUAAAAGGAAUUGUGAUUUUUCUAAAGAGCUAUUUGUCCUGUCUGGAUGAGGUCAGUCUGUGCAUCCAUUUUCCCCACAGCUACCACCAAUACAUUUCUGCUUAUAUGAGUGACAGAGGGGUGUUUACAUUAGGGCAAAGCAUCUGUUGAAUAUCCAACUCCAUCUAGUGGUCUAUUUGAUAACUGAUAAAGUAUUUUUUGACAAAAAGUGUUUUCAGCUCAGCCUCUUAGCUCAGAUUUGGAUUUGAAAUUUUCUGACACCCAUCCAGAUUCAUCAAUAUCACAUGGACAUUCAGGUUUUUACUUGAUUUCAGGGUUUAUAUGGUACAGCCAUAACAAAAGUCGUAUACCUAUCCCCUACCCCCUCUGGUAGAGACUAAACCUAACUAUUGAAUUCAGUCCUUUUGUUACACUGCACACUCUGUUGUCUCACUUUCGUGGCCAAAGUCGUAUCUAGAAUUCCUGUAAUAAAUAUCCCAUGAUAUCACCAGGAAAAUGUUUCUAUUAUAAAAUAUUAUUGUGAAAUUUAGCGAGGUUAUGCAGAGGAACAGUGAGAAUAGAUCACAUUAGAUCACAGAAGCCAUCUGAAAAAGGGACAAAACACAAAAUAAUGCAGAUGCUGGAAAUCUGAAACAAAAACAGAGAGAGCUGGAAAAACUCAGCAGGUCAGACAGCAUCUAUCGAGAAAGUGAGUCAACGUUUCGGGUCCCGAAACAUUGCCUUACUUUCUCCAUAGAUGCUACCUAACCUGCUGAGUUUUCCCAGCUUUCUGUUUUUGCAUCUGAAAAGGGGAUUCUGCUGUAAUGUGGUGUCCACACGUCCUCAUUUUUAAUUACCACAUCAUGUUUCACCCCAAAUUAUUUUUAAGCAUCUAGAGAGGAUAUGUGUAAAGUGGCUGUGCAGUUUAUGUGCAUUCGUUUCUGUCCAGGAGCACUUUUAAAUAUUUUACAAGUGUUCGGUUCUUACAUGCGGGCUGGAGAUUUUAUUUCUGAAGACAUCACACUGUGAAAUUAUGUGUUACCUUUCUGAAGAUUAUACAAUAAAAGAAAAUCCACUGGUGCUUUUUAAUACUGUG